GUUUUUGCUGUCAAACGAUCUCUUUCCUGCAAAGGGAAAAAGCAUAAUUUCUUUUCGGGUCGGCCACUGGAUCAUGGUAAAAACUCGAAUGAUUACCAAACAUUGUCCCGAGUGUGAGGUGCAGGUGGCGAUUGCGUCGAAAAAAUGUUCCUGUGGACACGUAUUCAGCAUGCGUCAGUCCAGUGCAGCCGUGUACGAACCACCAGCGCGUACAAAAGCAGGCAAACGUAAAGCAGCUCAAGCUGCAUCAGCCAGCUCCAGCGACGGGCGCAAAGGAUCCGGCCAGGUUCAGCGCCGGCGGACAAGUCGGGUUCGUCGCGAAAAGCCCAACUACUACGAUUCGCUACAGUAUGAAAAGAAGAAAAAGAAAACGAAGAAAUCAUCGAAAUCAUCACUUUUCAAAGGAAAAGAUGCUAAACAAACGCAGCUAAUAACGGCAAAAGAUCCGCAGGCGGCCAGAGCUAAUCGACACGCAAACCGACGUGCAAAGAAGGAAGAGAUUGACGGUGGUGGGGAUCUGGCUGCCAAACUGCCAUUCGAUAAGCAAGAGGUGGCUUCGAUCAUACUGUCGGAAAUUAAUCGAAAAAUUGGUUCCGUAGUGUGGACCCAACCCUGA